AUGUAUUACAACCAGGUGAUUAAAACCCCUCUGAUUUUUGUCGACCCUAAUCGUAGUCCAGCUGGCCCAGCUGCUACCCCCGCCCAAGCCCAGGCUACAAGCACCCCGAGGAAGGCCCAGGCCUCAGAGAGCACACCCAGGAGCUCCUCUGAGAGUGAGGAUGAGGACGUGAUCCCCGCUACGCAGUGCUCGACUCCUGCCAUUAGGACCAGCGUGGCGACUGUGCCCACGGCCCACCCCAGGGCAGCCCUCAGAGCCAGCAUGGUGGGGGCCGGCAGCAGUGAGGACACCAGUCGGGUGUCUGAAGGCAAGAAACAGGAGACGCCAGCCACUCAGGUGACAAAGAGGAACCCAGCUCACCUCCCGCUGACCCAGGCUGCCCUGAAGGUCCUUGCCCAGAAAGCCAGUGAGGCCCAGCCUCCUGCUGCCAGGACCCUGUCUUCAAGUGGGACCGACAGUGCUCUGGGAACACUGCCCAUGACGAGUCCCCAGAGCACCCCCGCACAGGCCAGAGGGGCCAACAAGCUCAGAAAGCCUGAGGUUCCUGCAACCCAGCGGGCCAUAGCCACUCCCUCGGGAUGCCCCAAGGCCAAGGCCUCUGGGACCUCAGAUGACAGCAAGGACAGCAGUGGCAGCUCUUCAGGGAGUGAAGAAGAUGCUGAGGGGCCCCAGGUGGCCCCACUGACCCACAGGCCAGGCCCAGCCCCCUCCAGGAGGGAGACUUUGGUGGAAGAGACCACAGCAGACUCCAGCGAUGAUGAGAUGGUGGAACCUUCCCAGUCUCUCCUCUCAGGUUAUGUGACCCCUGGGCUGACUCCGGCCAGUUCCCAGGCUUCAAAGGCCACUCCCAAGCCAGACCCCAACCCCUCGGUUUCCUCUACUCCGGCCACCAGAGAUGCCCCGGACGGCAAGCAGAAAGUGGAGCCCCAACAAGCAGCAGGCACCAUGUCCCCUAAAACAGGCAGAAGAGAGGCUAGCGCCACACCUCAGAAGCCCCAGAAGACCGGGAAGGGGCCCAGGAGCCCCCAGGCCUCCGUGCUGGCGCUGCAGAGCGACAUCGCCCGGCGCCUGCUGAGCGAGCCCUGGCCCCUGAGUGAGGCGCAGGUGCAGGCCUCGGUGGUGAAGGUGUUGGCGGAGCUGCUGGAGCAGGAGAAGAAGAAGGCCGUGGAUGCCACCAAGGAGGGCAGCCGGAAGGGCCGCCUGGGCAACAAGCGGAAGCUCUCCGAAGACCAGACGGCCGCCGGUGCCCCCAGGAGCAAGAAGAAGAAGCGGCUGGCAGCCGGGGAUGGCGGGGAGCGUGCAGUCUCCCCAGAAAAGGCCCCCAGGACUUCCAAGGGGAAAUCCAAGAGGGACAAAGCGAGUGGUGACAUCAAGGAGAAGAAGGAGAAGGAGUCUCCCGGCUCCCAAGGGGCCAAGGAGAAGCCAGAAGGGGAGCCGGGGAAGGUGAAGGGUGAGGGGGGAGACCAAGGCAACCCAAAGAGCAAGAAGGAGAAGAAGAAAUCCGACAAGAAAAAAAAAGACAAGGAAAAAAAAGAAAAGAAGAAGAAAGCAAAAAAGGCCUCAACCAAAGAUCCUGACUCACCAUUGCAGAAGAAAAAGAAGAAAAAGAAGAAGACGGCAGAGCAAACUGUCUGAGGGACACCAGGCGGCAGAAGAUGAUGGCCAGCUGCGGUAUCCAUGCUGGCCAAGCCAGUGAGCCCUGCAGAGAGGCUGGUCCCGGGAGGAGGAACCACGCCCAGCUCCCGUGACCUCCACUCACUGACCCUGGCCUGACUUCUGUGCCGACAAAGGAUGCCUCGUAUGGACGUGUACAAUAUAUAUAUAUAUAUUUUUUAAGUGACCUGCCCCUCCCUUCUCAGACCCCACAUGCCCAGAGGUCUCAGGACUUUCCACCUCUGCCCUGCAGACCCAGUGAGGCUCAGCCUGCGACUCCUUCCAUGCCCCUGGUCUCCAGCUAUGCUGAGGCUUUGUCCUCUUUUUGUCAGUUUUCUCCCAUUUUGUUUGUGUGUUUUUUGUAAUAACUCAGAAAAUAAAAGACUUGAAGGAAAGGCGCAAGUUCCCAUUGCAUCUGGGGCAAACGUUUUGCAAUUGAUUGAUUCUUGGAAGGGAGAGUUUGGCUGACACUUGGAGAUGAACAAACCAUCGCUCAGGAUUUAUUCUUGACCGUGUAUCAAGGCUCUGGGAUACUGUGGUGAGUGACACGCUGUUUGCCAGAGAAGGAGACUCGGCAAAAGGCCCUGGUGUUGAAUUGGGGUGGGGAAGGCUUCCUGGAGGAGGUGGCAUCUAAGCUAAGGGGGAGCUCAGGCAUAGUCAUGGCUGGUUGCUGGGGUAGGUAGGUCAGGCAGAUACCCAGAAGCAAGAAAUGGAAGGGGGUCUUCCAAGUCACCUUUUGAAGUUAGGACAAGCUGCGGGCAGGCUCUCUUGAGGUACUUGGUGGAGAGUAGCUGGCAGGGACAGUAGGAGCAGGAAGCCCAGUUAGGACUGAGUUGUCCACGUGUCUAGGUAACAGAGGUUCUGUGAUGAUGAAGGCAAAAAGUGGAGGAACUUGAAAGAUGUGUCAGGGUGACGUCCGCAGGACUUUGUGAUGGCCAGUGAUGCAGAGGUCCACUUCCCUGAGCCCAGAGUAGUGUGGAACACCCAAGGUCAUGGAGUCCACUCCAAGGCUUUUAGCCUUCUGCUAGAGGCAGCAAGAGGCCGUGCAGAAACAGAGCACUGGGCUGGGGAGGUCUGGGAGAGCCAGGGUGGCAUCCAGAUUUACCCUAACUUGGGCCUCCUGGGCCAGGCCCUCCCCCAGGGAGCCUCUCUCCCCCUAAGUGUGUUGAUCUAGAACAGGCCGCAGAGCAGUGUCCUCUUGGGCUUCUUUGGCCCACAGCAAGUCUUCAGACUUAGAAAUGGAGAUUUCAGUGAACUUCUUCAUUUGGGGCUCCUCUUGAAAAGUCCAGAAAUCUGACCACAGGGGCCUCUGCUCCCCCUGGCCACGAGCGGCUGGGGCACCGCAGCGGCCGGCCCUUAACUAGGACAUAGGCCCCCACUUCCACAGCCGCCACUCCCUGGUGAUCCCGACACGAGGGCCCAUGUUGUUGCCAUCUGUCAUCACACUUGUACUGUUCUCAGUAUAGAAAAGAAAAUGGGGACGUGAGAAGCCGGACCCAGAGGAGCUUGUGCUUAAAGAACUGUGGGCAAGAGCCUAUUUCUUCUUGGAAGUAGAGAAUAUAUCCCGUGUGUGGAACAUGGAGACCAAGCGUGUCUGCGUCCAAAGACUGCAGCCCCGCUGCCCACGGCCCGGCCCCGCCCCACAGGCAU